AUGACCACAGUUCCUACUGUACAAAAGAGGCCAGAAAUUAAGUACGUCAUUUUAGAGCCAAAUUUUCGCAACGGCCAGAAGUGGGCUCACCGCCGAAAGACGCUCCAGUCGGCCUUCCACGUGAACAUUCUGGAGAGCUUUCACCCGGUCAUCGUCGAGCAGACGGCUCAGCUGGUGGACAUCAUCAGGCGAGAUCAUCAUGAGGGUACCUUCGUGGACGUCCUCCCGCUGAUGAUCAACGUCGCCCUGGACAUUGUCUGCGAGACCUCUAUGGGCGUCAGGCUGAACGUCCAGCGGAAUCCGGCGCUGGAGUACGCCUGUGCGGUGAGGCGUGUCAGUCGGAAUGUGGUGAAGCGGAUGGUACGGCCGCACCACUGGAACCGCCUCAUCUACGAACACUUCAGCGUCAGCGGCCGCCAGAAUCGGCGAGACCUGCAGACGGUCCAUUCCUUCACCAAGGAGGUCAUCUCGAGGAAGAGGGCGGAAAUGGCAGCAGCUAAUGAGGAAAAAAAGGAGGAAGUUGAGCUGCAAACAAAAGCGGGCGCCAAAAAGCGCUACGCCUUCCUCGACCUUCUUCUUCACCUGAAGGACACUACUUCCGGUCAAAAUGGCUGGUCUGACGAGGCACUUCAGGAGGAGGUGGAGACGCUGAUGGUGGCCGGCCACGAGUCGACGGCGAUGACCCUCACCUGGACACUGCUCCUGCUGGGGAAUCACCCCCAGGUGCAGCGCACCGUUCAGGAGGAGGUGGACCAGCUCUUUGAGUCGGACAACCUUUCAAAGGCUGAAGAUACUGAAUCCCUGGCCCACUACCUCGGCAAGGCGGUCAAAGGCCUGGAGUACCUGAAUGCGGUCAUCAAGGAGUCGCUGCGCCUCUUUCCGCCGGCGCCCAUCAUCGGCCGGACGGCGAAGACGGACAUCAAAGUGCCCGGUGAUCAUCAAAUCAUUCCCGCCGGCUCCUCGGUCCUUCUCUUCCUCUACAACAUCCACCGAGAUGAGGCGGUCUUCGAGCAGGCGGAACGCUUCAAGCCGGAGCGGUUCAUCGAGAAGUCCACCUCUUUCCUGAGCCACCCCUUCGCCUUUGUCCCCUUCUCCGCCGGACCUCGAAGUUGUAUCGGCGCAAAGCUGGCGAUGACCGAGGUGGCGAUGAUGUUGGCGCUGCUGAUGAGGAGUUUCACCGUGACGGCGGAGAAGAGGUUCGAGGAGGUGGGCGUCAUUCCGGAGAUUACGCUGCGACCGGAGGGGCCGGUGGCCAUUCG